AUGUUAAGUAAAACUAUUUAUUUGACUAAUUCAACAGUACAAUACAAAUAUAUUCUUUUUGUUUUACACGUCCAUGUUAUAACCUCAAAACAUAAAAUUGCUGAUAACGCACUAUACAAAUUAAAAUAUUUUUUGUUAAAAGAUUAUGAUACGAGAAAAAUGUUUUUAGUAAUAUUGCUUAUUGUUAUUACCAUAUUAAGUUUAUUUUAUGUAAACAAUUUGGUAACCUGA